AAAUUGUUUUGCGAAUCACAAUUGCAUAUCUUUGUAAGUUAAAGAAGUAAUCACAAGUGUUAGCUAAAUUAAAGUUAGAAAACAAUUUAAGCCGUGUCACCAACAUGUUCUGCAAAGUAGGAAGGCAGCUGGGCCAGCAGAUAGGCCAACAAAUACGUUUGACAUCUCGCCGCAUGCUGGCCACCACAAAUACUUUAUACAAAGAUGGUGCAGCCAAAGCAGAGUCGGAACCGGCAGCGCCUAAAAGCAUACUCGUGGAGAAGGAUAAAAAUAUUACUUUAAUCGGUAUUAAUCGUCCACAGCAGCGCAAUGCCAUCGAUUCGAGUACCGCUUCUCAGCUUUGUGAGGCAUUCUCCGCCUUCGAGGCGGAUGAUACCUCGCCGGUAGCCGUCCUGUAUGGUGUGGGCGGAUCGUUUUGCUCGGGCUUUGACAUUCUUGAGAUCAGCACCGACGAAAAGGAGGAGAUAAGCGUUGAUAUUCUGAUGCGCCCCGAGGGAUCUGUUGGUCCCACGCGUCGCCAGAUUAAAAAGCCGGUCAUUUGCGGCAUCAAUGGCUACUGCAUAGCCAAUGGCUUGGAGCUGGCGCUUAUGUGUGAUUUGCGCGUCAUGGAGGAGUCGGCUGUGCUGGGCUUCUUCAAUCGGCGCUUUGGUGUGCCGAUGCUAGAUGGUGGCACCGUGCGCCUGCCCGCCAUGAUUGGACUCUCCCGUGCGCUGGAUUUGAUACUCACGGGACGCCCGGUGGGUUCACAAGAGGCGCAUGAUAUUGGCCUAGUUAAUCGUAUUGUGCCCACAGGCACAGCACUGGGCCAUGCACUGGAGCUAGCCACUUGCUUGGCCAAAUUUCCGCAGCGUGCACUCAAUCAUGAUCGCAACUCGGUUUACUCCGCCUCGUUUGAGACAUCAACGUUCCACCAGGCCGUGCAGAACGAGGUAAUGUACACAUCACGCGAAAUCAUCGAGGACAUGCAGAACGGCAUUAAGUGGUUCAAUAAUACGUUCAAGGCAGACACCACACAUUCGUGGCUGAAGCGCGACCGGUCUAUGGCUGACUGGGAUGAUGAGGAUGUGGCAGCUGCAGCAGCUCAAAAGGAGACCAAAAAGCAGGAGGAAGAAGCAGCACUUGUUGAGGCUGAGAAGCAGAAGCUGGCAGAGAAGGCGCUCAAGAAGUCCAAGAAAGUAGUUGAAGCAAAAUCUGAAGAAAAGUCCAGCGAAAAGGACAGCAGCAAAGUCAGCAGCGAAAAAACGGAUCCAAACGAAAAGCCAAAGGAUAAAUAAGGGCAACCUUAGUGUAUAGAACUAAAUUAAAAUAUUUUGUAUAUAAUAACAUCCUUACAUGCAGUUCAGAACUGAUCAACUUGAAUUUGUUAAUUUAUUUAAAUACAUAACCGAGAACACUGAAACUAUAGAUACAAAAUUGUUCAAACUGUCUGACUGACAAUGAUAAUUAAUUUGGAAAAUAUUUGGAAAUUAAUUUAGUACGAUUCAAUUUGUGUAGUGUAUAUAUUUUGGGCACAAUAUAUUCAAGCUUAUUUUCAAAGUUGAGAAUCGGAAAAGUUUUAUAAGUUUUUCCUUUCAUCUUAGUAGAUACAUAUAUUAUUUCUACCCAGACAAAGCCGGGUAAUGCAGUCAUUUUCACGAACUCAACGCCAGGUGGCUUGUAACCACGACAUCUAGAGGGAGCUUUGGUUAUCAACAAGUAAUUGAUGUUAGCAGCGAGAUAACCCGGCAAAUACGGUGCCAACAGCCACACGUCGAGUUUAUGACUCAGAUUGGACACCUAAACGCCUUCAAGAUCGGGCGAUCUUGCGCUACGUGCACUUUGAAUUCGCAUCGAACAUGUGCUCCAGCCGCAUACAAGAGUGUUUGUCCACAGUUCAAUAGCAAUAAAUUGCAACGAUGAGAAUUUCAUUAAAUCUGAUUAAUUAUUGUCAUUAGUAGGUUUUAUUUUGUAAUCUGUGUAUUCACUAAGUGAACAGAGUUGAAAAAAUGGGCAUAUUUUGAUUAGACAUUUUUGUAUAAAUACUGCGAGCAGGCGAUGUUACACUUUCAAACUGUUUUCCAUAUUUAAGACGUCGUUGUGUCGCCAAUAAAAACUGAGACUCCAAAAUUGAAAGCUAAGCGAAUAUAAGCCUAAAGACGAAG